GUCGGAUCGGACUGAGUCAAAGUCGUUUCGGAGUUCAACUUCUAUUCGUUUCAGAAUCACUCAAACUAUAUAAUUGGAUUUGGAGUUCGAUGAUAUUUUCUCAAACUCAAAUCGAAUUAAAUUUCUCACAUCAAAUCGAAUCAGGAUCAGGGGCGGAUUCGACUUGCAUCCCUCUUAAAAUUUAGGAAUCACGCAUUGAUGCAAAGUUGCAAACAAACAUAUAGAAAAAAAAAAAAGAACAGGAACAGAUUAAAAGAAAAAAGGAAGAGAAAGAGAAGUCUACUUAUCCUUGGUCGCGCAAUUUUCGCCAUUUCAUUUUUCAUUCGUCUAGCUCUUCUUUAUGGAUCCGAUCCAACCUCCUGCAGAAAACUAUGCAAACCCAAGGACGUGUUUCUUCCAUGUACUUUUUAAGGCUGCUGCUUUGGCAUUUUACAUUCUCUCAGCACUUUUUGUUGACAACUUUGUGAUUAUUUUUGUAAUCACUGUACUUCUUGCAGCUCUUGAUUUUUGGGUUGUUAAGAAUGUAAGUGGUCGUAUUUUGGUUGGGUUGAGGUGGUGGAAUGAAAUUAAUGAUUUGGGCGAAAGCGUAUGGAAAUUUGAAUCUCUUGAUCAAGAGUCAUUGGCACGCUUGAACAAGAAGGACUCAUGGCUGUUUUGGUGGAGCCUUUAUCUUACAGCUGUGGCAUGGAUUAUUCUCGGAAUCUUUUCUCUGAUACGGUUUCAAGCUGAUUAUCUCCUGGUUGUAGCAGUUUGUUUAUCUCUCAGCAUCGCUAACAUUGUUGGUUUUACCAAGUGCCGCAAAGAUGCUAAAAAGCAGUUCCAACAAUUUGCCACUCAGACGCUAGCAUCUCAAGUUUCAUCCACUAUUCAGUCAGCCUUCGGUGUUGUGUGAUAGAAGAGGGAAGUGGAUCUAUGUGUGUGAUUGAUGCAUACAUAUCACAUUGUAGAAGAUAUUAAGCUCACAUACUUAGAGAAUAUGUUAAGAUCAGCAGUUGCUCAACUUUGUCUUGACUGCAUUUAUUUUUGGUGUCUAUUUUCUGUAAAGAUGCGGCUCAAACCUCAUGAGCUCCGAAUGAUUUUGUAUAAACAACUAAAUAGAGUGUUAAAGAUACUAUGCAUUUUUUUCCA